AAACCAAAACUUCUCUCCCUCUCUCUCUCUCUCUCUCAAAUAAUCAAACUUUUUUUUUCCUGUAUUCUCUACCUGUGGACCAUAUUCUCUCUCUCUCAUAUACAUGAUAGUCGCUAUAAAGCUUAAAAAAUAAGGUAAAAGAAGAAGGAACAAACAACAAUAUAGUCCUCUGCUGCCCGUCUCUCCUUCUGUACCAACAACUGUUUUACUGGCAACUUCACCCAAAAUGAGCCAGUGCGUUCCAAGCUGGGAUUUCGAUGAGAAUCCCAGGCUUUCUCUUCGUUCUAACUCCAAUUCCACUGCUCCUGAUGUCCCCAUGUUGGACUAUGAACUAGUGGAGCUAACAUGGGAAAACGGCCAGCUAGCCAUGCACCGCUUAGAUCCACCACGCGGGCCUGUCGAGCCCAUACCUUCUACCACUUCUCUUACCAAUUAUAAUACUUGGGACAAGCCACGCGCUAGUGGUUCCUUAGAAUCAAUCGUAAACCAGGCCACUCUGAUACCCCACCACCACCACCGCAACCAUAACAGCAACAAUCACGGCCAAAAACCCCGCUCUUUCGAUGGCGGUGGAGGUAACGACAUGGUCCCGUGGUUACACCACCGUGCAGCUGUGGCCACCGCCACCUCCUCGGCCACCAUGACUAGGGAUGCUUUAGUCCCUUGUUCCAACCACACCGACGACCAAACCACAACCCAAGGCGGCCUUGGUGGCAGUGGCACGCAUGUAGUCGAGUGUUCUACACGCGUUGGGUCGUGUAGUGGCCCUGUUGGUGGUGGUACUCUGACGCAUGAUCAAGACGAGAAUGUCAUAAUAAAACACGCUAACAAGGAGGCGCGUGUAGCAGUCCCCGCCGCCGCCGUGUCAGCACCAGAAUGGAGCAGCAGAGACCAAAGCACCUCCGGCAGCGCCACGUGUGGGAGGGAUAGUCAGCAUGUUACACUUGACACGUGUGAGAGGGACUUGGGUGUGGGGUUCACUUCCACUUCACUGUGUUCCAUGGAAAACACAAGCCCUGGCAAGCCUUGCACUAAGGCCACCACUACUAGUGAUGACCAUGAUUCCGUUUGUCAUAGCAAACCACAGAGGGAGGCAGGUGAUGUGCAGGACAAAAAGAAGAGUUCAGCAAAAUCCUCAGUUUCAACAAAACGGAGUAGGGCUGCUGCUAUUCAUGACAAAUCUGAACAUAAAAGGAGAGAUAAAAUAAACCAAAGGAUGAAGACACUGCAGAAGCUGGUCCCCAAUUCGAGUAAGACUGACAAGGCUUUAAUGCUUGACGAAGUGAUUGAAUAUCUGAAGCAAUUGCAAGCUCAAGUCCAAAUGAUGAGCAGAAUGAGUAUGCCACCAAUGAUGUUACCAAUGGCCAUGCAACAACAACGACAGAUGUCCAUGAUGGCACCAAUGGGCAUGGGACUUGGUAUGGGGAUGGACAUGAACAAUAUCAAUCGGUCCAACAUCACUGGCAUCUCUCCUGUUCUUCACCCUACUGCUUUCAUGCCCAUGACCUCAUGGGAUGCCGGCUCUGGUGACCGGAUACAAGCUACUUCACCCGCGGUAAUGGCAGACCCCUUUUUCACAUUCCCCGCGUGCCAAUCACAGGUACUCUGCAUAAGCAAUAAGAACAAAACACAGAGAGCAAAGAGCUGCAAAGUGCUACCACUUCAUUUCCCCCUUAGAAGAAUGGACACGAAGAAAUUCUCUGAUCUUCGCCCCGACGGAAAUGAGCAAGAACUCCAUUCAUACACCAAAUGGCUUGCUGUUUUUGGCUUUAUGCUUGGAUCUCUGCUUAUCUUUCUUGGAUGGAAGUAUCAAAGCCCAGAUGUAUCUUUAUUCGACAUACAUGGUGCAAUCAUGUUGCUCUUAAUAAUAGAUGUAUGUAUCUUCACUAUAUCAAUGGCAGUGACAAUACUACUGAAUUUCAAAAGAAUCCAUCUCCCCUUCUUCAAGGGCGUGUUUCUCAUUUCUGGAGUUCUUGCCUGUGACUUAAUUUUGUUGAUGCUUGCUCCUCCUUUUGGGUGGUUCAUCAUCACUAUAUGUGCAUCUGUUAUGGUAUUGUUACUUUAUCGAUCACACAGAGAGAUUCUCCAACGCUGUCAAGAAAUUCUUGAACCAAUGUGGCACUGCACUUUUGAGACAUUCCACGGUUUAUGUGAUUGGUUUCAACAGAGUUUCCAAUCAAUCUGGACAGCACCUUCCCAAGCAUCCAAUGGAUCCUCAAUGCCUACUCCCAACAUGAAGGAGAAACAUGUGUUGGGAUCGGAAAAUAAUGUCUAGAGAGAUCACAUGUUUCUAAUUUAAUACAUUUGGUAUGCUAGUACUACUACUAUACUAUGGUCUAUGGUUGACUAUUUACGGGGUUCAUCCUUAUGUGAGCAGGAAGCAUGGUAUAUCAGAUGUGUACAAAAUAAAUUUCUCUCUUAUAGAUAGAUUUGAAAUAUGGUAUCACAUUUAUAGGCAAAGGAAUAAUAGAAUUUGUCUUGAAGUAGCAGUUGGUUAAAGCCAUCUUGAAUGAUGUUGGUUGGAUACAAAGAGCUUUGUGAUUCGCUAUGAAUCCAUGUCGAGUGAGUUCUUCAGCUGCUUAACUUAUCUUGGUCUUCAUCUGUAAGCUUUGAGAUAAAUUGUAGUUAAGGAGUCAAGUUGGUAGGCUCGGUUCUGGUUGGAGAUUGACCUUGGUUGUGCAUGGUAUCAGCCAUUAGGGUUCUAGGACUGCGUAGUCCUUUUGUGUGGGCUGAACUUUCUUUGUAGCUUUGCUGCUAGGUGCUGAUGAGUUUUGAGUUUUUUGUAUUUUCAUUUUGGUUUAAUGAUAUUAUCCUUUUCAUUCAAAAAUAUUUUUGGAAAGUUUUGUUUUUAGAAA